CUUCGUGCAGAGGGUACAAACACCGCACCAUACUCCGACACUGCUCCGUACGAACUCUCUCGACUCUCCGCCUCUCUCGACCACGCUGACGGCAGAUCCCUUUUCACCGAAACGGUCAGAUAGCCGUCGCAACGGCUGCCCUUGAAAAGCCCUCGCUUGCGCCACCCGCCGUCGUUGUAACACGUUCAAACCCGUUUCACGUGCCCCGCCAUCUUUUUUGUCAACGCCUGAGGCUGUGGCACGACAUUGACACACUUAGAUCGACGGACAUACGCAUUGCAUCCCUUGGGAAAAUCUCAAGAUGACUGCGGCGUCGCCUACGCAACAGCUUCACUCUCCUCAUCACAGCCCCAACAAGCGUCCUAAAGGCAUACUAAAAAACCCCAAGCCAUAUAAUGGUGGUUCGGCACUCCCGUCUCCUGAGUCCCAGCAAAGACCUGGCCUAGAGCACAGGGAGUUGUCAGAGAAGGAGAUCACACUUGCAAACACACUCUCCAAUGCCGGGGGACGACGUCGCUCGUCUUCGACCCCGCGCGUUUUCUCGUCGCGCCGAACAUCCAACUCGCACGACGGCGAAGAGAAUAGCCCCCGCCUCAAGUGGGACGAAGCCAACUUGUACCUCACGGAGCAGCAGCGCGACAGCACCAUGAAGAUAACCGAGCCAAAAACGCCGUACGCCAAGCAAUACGAUCCGGCGGAAGAUGAAGAAGAGAUCGAGGCCAUCAACGCUAGUGAGGUCGUUGUAGACGAGCUUGACCAGGCCAGAGGAAAAAAGGCACCCAGGGACGAGGACAUCCCGGACAUAGACAUUGGCGAGCCGGAAAACCCCAGGCUGGAGCAUGCGCGAACACCGGAGAGCGAGCGCAGGGUCAUCGUCGACCCUGACCAGCAUGACGAGGGGUUUCAUGGAGAGGAACCGGAGAAUUUGCCAGAGGCCGAAAAGGAGAAGCACGCCAAGUUCGAGGCGGCCCGUAGAAAGCACUACGAGAUGAGGAACGUAAAGAAUUUGUUAGGUCACCCCGAGCAACUCGACGAACUGGAUGACGACGAACCGGUGCCUCCAAUGCCGGCUCAAAACGGUGUGUGAACUAGAAUCGUUUAUUCUCCUCCUUUACCAGCGAAAAAAGGGGAGAUACAUUUCACGGUGCGACGAUACAGCAGAAGACUGUCAUUUGAUUGAUUUGUGCAUAUACCCGCUAAUUCAAAGUUGCCUGAGAAGAGGCCUUUGUGACGUUGGAUGGUACCUGGCCUUGGCUGAUUGAACUAUGAGCCUCUUUCUCAAUUGAAAUUCUCACCGCUAGCACUUCGUAACACUCGCUUCCAUUCUACAACAUCUCAUUUACGUUGGCGACAUGUAGAUAGUUUCGUGGCAAGGAAGAAUGGUUUUAAUUUCCAUAUGUAUAUCAAUCUUGGCUCUUCUCCUGUGUUACGAGAGAGCUUUUUGGCUUAAAACAAUCCACGCUGAUGCUAUAAAUUUACUUUGGGCAUUUUUUUUUAAAGAUCCUAUCCAUUCAUAGAUAUAUAUAUAUAUAUAUAUAUGCAUUGAAGAUCAUAUGCAUUGAA